UGGUAUCAUUUAUUGGUCAUAACGCAAAAGUGCUUUCUUGAUUCUUGUUCUUGCUAUUAGUAGUAUACGGAUAUCGCAAGAAUUAAACGUAGAUUAUGGAAAUAAAAUGUGCGUUAACUACCUUCAGACUAUUUCAAAGCUUGUAAAAUACUAUGUCAGCGUAAUAUUAGAGUUAAAUUUUAUUUCUGUAACUAUGUAAUACCCAUAAAAUUAAUUGAAACUAUUCUAAACCAAAAUGGUCAAGAUAUUAAAAUUCAAUGGCACGUGUACAGGUUCUCUGUAUUAGUACACCUUUCAAAUAAUAUUCCAGGUACGGGCCCAAAAAAAAGAUUAAAGUAGGGGAGUGAGGGGUCCCAUCCAUUUUUUUGGUAAAGGUGGGCCCAUAAAACGCCGUGCGCAUGCCCGUAGCGCUCAUUCGCUAGAUCGUUCUCGAGAAGAUCGAAGCUCCCAAAAGCUCUCUAUAAUUAUUACCUGCCGCGUGCGCAACUCAAGUUACACCGACCUUGCAAUCAUUUAUCAAAAUGCUUCAAGGAAUCAAACCGUCCGAAUAUCAAGUCGCUUACACGAGGAGCGAAGUUCCAAAAAUGGUGCCCAUUGCACCAGCUACUGAAAGAAGAUAUCUGCCUUUGGAUAUGCAAACUGAUAAGAAGAAAUAUACGUACAAGAAUACCGCGUAUACCGGUGUUCAGUCAGCUUCCAUCGCGAGGAGGAAUGCUCGCGAGAGGAACCGUGUGAAACAAGUGAACGAUGGAUUCAACGCUUUACGGAAGAGGUUACCUUCAGCUGUCAUUGCUGCACUGUCUGGAGGUGCUCGACGUGGAUCCGGGAAGAAACUCAGCAAAGUGGACACACUCAGAAUGGUCGUGGAAUACAUCAAGUAUUUACAGAACUUGUUAGACGAAAGCGAUGCUUCGCUUGGAGUCACAAACACAUCUCCAAUGACAGAGACUCACUUGCCGUACGAAGUGGACGAAGGAAUCUUCGGUGAUAAUUCUCCUUAUUCGGAAUCAGUGCCAUCUCCUGCGGGUUCUGACUGUUCUUCUGGUGUGUCAUCAGCCUACUCAGGUGGCUACAUCCCUAACAACUACCAACCUCAGCAAGAACAAGUUAGCCAUAUGGAUGAAGAUGAUUUGCUCGACGCAAUCACGUGGUGGCAACAUAAGUGAGAAAAACAAGUGAAUGUGCGUGAACUCUAGUCUUAUAUUAUAAGGAACUUUGAGUAAAAGUGUACACUAUUACAUGAUAGUUGAAUAAUUA